AUGUCAACCUCGGUCUCAGAUGAGGUAGCAGAGGACUACAAAAGCUCCUUGGAGGAUCUCAUCACCAAUGAUCGGUUUCAGAUCAGCAAUCUGACCGUCAUCGCCAAAGAGAAUACGGAACAUGCGGAGGCUAUCUCCAAGGUACUGGAGGAUCAUAUUCGAUCUAUCCCACCGCCGCAAAAAUUGCCCGCUCUCUAUGUAGUUGAUUCCAUUGUGAAGAAUGUUGGAAGCCCCUACACUCUCUUCCUGGGUCGGAAGAUGUUUCAGACAUUUAUAAAUGCGUACACUCUCGUCGAUUCGCAGACUCGCCGCAAGCUGGACGAAAUGCUCAAGACAUGGAAGGAGCCGGCCGCUGGCUCGUUGGAUACACGCCCGGUCUUUCCGCCCCAGAUCACCCGCGAUAUCGAAAAUGCUCUGAUCAAGGCCCGCACUGCAUUUCUGGACUCACAACGGUUAAGAGGUCAACCGGAGAUCAACCGCGGCCGUGGUAGCGUAACGCCAACGGGCUGGACCAAUAGCCCUACUCCACCGGGCAUGUCUCGACAAAACCAGGCUUAUGCUAAUCAUGGAGGCAUGGCAAGAACCGCUACACCACCUCAAGGACAACGUCAAGAUGUGGACUCGGUAGCUCUGAACCGGGACCUGGAAGCCUUGAUCGCCUCAGCACGAAACGACUUUGCGAACAGUCCUUUUAAUCCUACAACUCAGCAGCGUCUUAAAGCACUGCUUGAUCUCCAGGGCAUCAUGCAGCGGCAGCAGCUUUCUCCCGAGGAGCGGAAACUCGUUCGAAAUCAACUUUCCGCUUUUAAAAUCCAACAGCCAGCACCUAUUCAGGCUCCCAAUCCUUCAUUACAAGCCCCGGCUCCUCCAGCGUCGACACCACCAACCCAACUUGCAUCCCAGCCAUUCCCGCAGAUGCUAAAUUCCGAAACCAUCGCAGAGCUCCUCAAAGCGACUGCUGUGAGCCAACAACCCACCCCUCCUCCCCAAAUCGCCAACCUUAUGCCUACAAUGCCUCAGAUCCCUGUUAGCAAUACCCCACAACCAGCCGAGAAUCCCAUUAUUACCGCUCUCCGGUUACGAGGGCUUUUGCCUCCUGCAUCGGCCCCGCCAACAAUGGGAUCCGGGGGACCACCUCCCCCGGGAUCUCUGCCAUUCUUCAUUCCCGGUCAACUGCGAACCACGCCUCCGGUUGCAACUCCUCAGUCGACUACCCCAGUCGGCUCAUCAUCCACAGUUCCCAUGAACACUGCUUCCAUGAAGAUUCCUCGAAUGGCGCUCAUCGUUUCUCUUUACGAUGCGAAAUCGAAUCGGUGCGGAACCUGUGGCCGCCGUUUCCCGGCCACUGCAGAGGGCCGAGAAAAGAAAGCCCGGCAUUUGGACUGGCACUUCAAGACCAACCAGCGCAUGGUUGAGGCUACCAAACGAGCUCAGACUCGUAGCUGGUAUGUCGAUGAGGGGGACUGGAUUCAGUCUCGUGAGGCCGACGACGACCAAAGCACAGAAGAUGCCGAGGCCACUGCCGAAGGGACUGCAGGUGCCGAUAGUAACGACACCAAGAAAGGCCCGCCGAAGAAGUGGAUUCGUGCCCCCAACGAUGCCGUGCUGCGCAACACCCCUUGUCCCAUCUGUCAGGAGAAGUUCGAAUCGACUUGGUCCGAAGAGGUGCAAGACUGGAUCUGGCAGGACGCCGUCGCUGUCAAUGGUCGAGUCUAUCAUGCAACCUGCUACGAUGAAGUCACCAAGGAUGGCCCAGCUCCACGCAGCUUCACACCUCAAGCUCGAACAGCCACCCCCGACUCAGUGCUUGGCAAGCGUAAAGCCGAGGGCGUCGAAUCACCGGGGUCUAAUGUUCCGUUCGCCCUUGACCUUCUCCAGGACCCUGCGACUCGCGAUGCCUCCGAUAUUGCCCACCAAGUUGCCGCUGUCGCUUCUUCAUCUUCUAAGGAAAGGGCCGACCAGUUCAUCGUGGACGUUGGAAUUCCAGGACCUUGUGCAGCAUACGCAUCUUACGAGGAGCUCGUCUCUGACCCCAGCGUGGACGUCAUAUACAUUGCCACACCCCACUCUCAUCACUAUCAGAAUGCCAUGUUGGCUCUCGAGGCCGGCAAGCACGUGCUGUGUGAGAAAGCUUUUACAGUCAAUGCGGCUCAAGCCAAGAUCCUGUGUGAAACAGCUCGCAAGAAGAACCUCUUCCUUAUGGAAGCUGUCUGGACUCGCUAUUUCCCAUUGAGUAUUCAAGUACGUCAGCUGAUCCAACAGGGAGCUAUUGGUGAGGUUUACCGAGUUAUCGCCGAUACCAGUUUUAGCGAUGACCCUGAGAAUAAAUGGGGUCCUAAGAACCGUAUGGUGAACCUGGAUCUGGCAGGUGGUGUGCUAUUGGACUUGGGCAUUUACUCUCUCACCUGGGUCUUCCAAGCCCUCUACCACACUCUUCCCCGAGACCAAAGAAAGGCACCUACUGUUACUUCGCAGAUUAUACCCUAUCAUCUGACAGGGUCGGAUGAAUCCACCACUGUUCUGCUCAACUUCCCUACUUCUACACCAAGCAAUGGUCCCCAUGUCAAGCACUCACAGGGCGUGGCCAUGACUAGUAUGCGUGUCGCCAAUGAUCCAGAUGAGAAGGGUACCUCCGGUCCCCCAAUCCGCAUUCAGGGUGACAAGGGUGAGAUUCAAGUAUUCGGACCUCCCUUCCGGCCUACUCGGUAUCGGGUUAUCCCAAAGAAGGGUCUCGGAGAGAUCCGUGAUGUCGAAUGCUCGUUUCCGGCUCAGGGUCGUGGCAUGUACUGGGAGGCCGAUGAGGUUGCCCGUUGCUUGAGAGAUGUUAAGCUGGAGAGCGAUGGUAUGCCAUGGGAAGAGAGCCUUGUGAUCAUGGAGGUAAUGGAUGAGGUGCGCAGACAGGGUGGGUUGAAGUAUCCUGAGUCAAUUGAGUCGACCAAGUACCCACUGCAGCUAUAA